CAAUGCUCCCAAUAGCAGCAGUGCCCUAGGGCUUUGAGAAAACAACAUUGCCCGAAGGCCAAUUACCUAACACAGGGAAGAAAACAAGAAAAGAAAAAAAGGUUUCAUCAUAAUCAUAAGCUGUUAGGCAUGGCGACUGGAUUCGACACCGCCCAUGAGAAGAAGAAGAAGAUUGCCGUUCUGAGCGUGUCUUCCAUCCUCCUGGUGGCGAUGGUGGUUGCGGCGGCCGUCGGCAUAAGAGACGGCGCCGAAGUGGUCGAGGAAGGUGGCGACACGAUCGCGAAAUCUCAAAGGAACCAGCAAGUGAUAUGCGAAUCCGCGGAAUACAAAGAAACAUGCCACAAGAGUCUGGCCAAAGCCUCCGGAACCAGCGAUCUGAAGGAGCUCAUCAUAACCGCGUUCAACGCCACGGCCGAAGAGAUCGCGAACCAAAUCAAAAACUCGACGCUCUACCAUGAACUCGCCACCGACCACAUGACAAAACAGGCCACGGACAUCUGCAAGGAGGUACUAGGUUACGCUGUCGACGACAUUCGCCGAUCCGUUCACACGUUGGAAAAGUUCGACCUAAACAAGUUGAACGAUUACGCCUAUGACCUCAAGGUCUGGAUCGCGGGUACUCUAGCUCACCAGCAGACAUGUUUGGAUGGGUUCGAGAACACGAGCAGCGAGGCUGGAAAGACCAUGGCUAAGGUUCUGAACGCGUCUUUGGAGCUCAGCAACAACGCGUUGGACAUAGUCAACGGUGUUUCGAGUCUCUUCAAGGGUCUUAACUUGAGUUCCUUCAGCGUCAACAGCAACAGGAAGCUUCUCUCGGAGGAAACGGCUUUGGUGGAUGGGUUCCCUACGUGGGUGAGUGAAGGACAGAGGAGGCUUCUUCAGGCUGUGGACCCCAAACCCGACGUGGUUGUGGCUCAGGAUGGGAGUGGACAGGUGAAGACAAUCCACGAGGCUCUUAAAUUGGUUCCUAAGAAGAACAAGAAGCCUUUUGUGAUUUACAUCAAGGCCGGUAUCUACAAUGAGUAUAUUAUCAUGAACAAGCACUUGACCUAUGUCACCAUGAUCGGAGAUGGCCCCACCAAGACCAGAAUCACCGGCAGCAAAAACUACGUCGAUGGCGUCCAAACUUACAACACCGCAACCUUCGGUGUGAACGCUGCUAACUUCAUGGCGAAGAACAUUGGGUUCGAGAACACAGCUGGAGCUGAGAAGCACCAAGCCGUGGCCCUGAGGGUAACAGCAGACAAGGCAGUGUUCUACAACUGCAACAUGGACGGGUUCCAGGACACCCUCUACACGCAAUCCCAGCGUCAGUUCUACCGCGACUGUACCGUGACGGGCACCAUCGACUUCGUGUUCGGCGACGCCGUGGCGGUGUUCCAGAACUGCAAGUUCAUCGUGAGGAUGCCCCUGGAAAACCAGCAAUGCCUGGUCACCGCCGGUGGAAGGUCCAAGAUCGAUAGCCCCAGCGCACUCGUCUUCCAGAGCUGCGUAUUCACCGGCGAACCCAACGUGCUUGCCUUGACCCCCAAGAUUGCUUACUUGGGAAGACCAUGGAGGCUUUACGCCAAGGUUGUCAUCAUGGACUCCCAAAUCGACGACAUCUUUGUUCCCGAAGGGUACAUGGCGUGGAUGGGAAGUGCUUUCAAGGACACAAGCACCUACUACGAGUUCAACAACAGGGGUCCUGGUGCUAACACUAUUGGUAGAAUCACCUGGCCUGGUUUUAAGGUUCUUAAUCCUAUUGAGGCUGUUGAAUACUACCCAGGCAAAUUCUUUCAGAUCGCUAAUUCGACUGAGCGUGAUUCUUGGAUCCUAGGGUCUGGGGUGCCCUAUUCCCUUGGCCCACUUAUUGCGCUGCCAUUCCCAACAGCUUAAUUCAUCUGAUUUCAUUUCAUGGUCUUUUUUUAUAAGUCCUUAACUAAUAGACUAUGUAGCCAUAUAUCCCUGCAUGCUCGCUCCGUCAUCAUCUCAGAGCCUUUUUGACAUGUUAUAUAUAUGUCUGGCAGUGUUUAAGGAAAGGAAAAGUGAUGAUGCAGUGGUACUCAUUUGUUAAUUCAGUUUUCCUUUUCUUCACGCACUUGUUAGUUUCCCCAUGCUGGCUAGUAAUUGCAGCAGACUUAUUCUAGCUAAAUUACCGAUUCCUUGGGAAUUUGAUCUCAAUUUCAAUUCUCACCGGUUUAAUUUCACUCUUGGCUAGCUAGGCUACUGCUGCUUGUUCCUUCUUAAUCUACGAGAAGAAAAGAAAUGUCAGCAAGAUACUUUUUUAACA